GUGAAUCUUCAGCGUCUGAAUUUAUCACAAAAUAAUAUAACAGAAAUUCAAACAGGAACAUUUUCACGUUUGUCGAAUUUGGAAAAACUGGAUUUGUCACAGAAUGCGUUGGCAAUAUUGAAUGCUGAUAUUCUACCAACGCAAACAAGUCAAUUGGAUUCAAUUUCAAUCGCUAACAAUCAAUUACAUGCGCUAAAUGGAUUCAACAGUUCUCGCCUUUCAAAAUCAAAAAUUGUCGGAAUUGACAGAAAUAAUUUUAGAUGCAAAUAUCUCAAUUCUUUGUUUAAAUUGAUUAGCUGGAAGCAGUUGGUCAUGAUUUCAAAACGAAUCGAAUGUAAUGACGUUACAUCAUCUAUAGCACCUACUGUUGUAGGCUCUGAUUUUGUUAUGACCACACCAUCUGUAAAAACAUCUUCAACUACAACACAUAAUCCACCAAAACCAAACCAAAUAUAUAACGUAACAACGCCAAUGACUGAACGAGCAAAUACAACAGAAGAAACUUCAAAAAUAAAUGCGACACAAAACAAGACGGAUAUACACGACCUAUUACACGACGGUCUAACUAGUAAUUUUGUUAUUAUUUUGCUAUUUAUCAAUACGGUGGUACUGAUACUGGCGUAA